AUGCUAAGUUACAGAAUCGCUCGUGCUGGUAAGCCACACACAAUUGCAGAGGAUUUAAUAAAACCAUGUAUGACAGAAAUCGUCAACUGCGUACUCGGUGAAGAUGCAGCGAAGAAAAUUACAGCAGUUCAGUGUUCUAAUAACGUCAUAUCUGAUCGAAUUCAUAAGAUUUCAGACCACAUUCACGAUGAAUUAAUUUGUAGAUUGAAGAACAGCAAGAUGUUUGCAAUACAAUUAGACGAAAGUACAGAUGUCGCCGGGCUAUCAAUAUUGCUUGUUUUUGUGAGACACCCCUUCAAAGGAUCUAUUGAAGAGGAUUUGUUUCUCUGUGCACCUUUAGAAACUAACACAACUGGAGAAGAAAUUUUUAAAGUUAUUGAUAGUCACAUGAGUAAGCACCAUAUUGAGUGGAACAAAUGCAUUGACGUGUGCAGUGACGGAGCAGCAGCUAUGAUCGGCAAAAUAAAAGGCACUGUAACAAGAAUCAAGAGUGUUGCACCUAAAUGUAGUAACAGUCACUGCGUUUUACAUCGUCCUGCUCUUGUCGCGAUGAAAAUAUCAUACGAGCUUAAGACAAUUCUCGAUCAAGCUUUACAAAUUGUGAACUACGUCAAAUCACGUCCACUCCAGUCAAGGCUUUUUAAAAAAGUGUGCGAAGAUAUAGAAAAGUAUGAGAAUUUAAUUGAUAUUAAAUGUUCAUCUUCUCUUAAACAAAAAUUUGGAGCUGAAAAUUUUGAUCUAAAUAAUUUUUGGAUUGGACUGCAAGAUGAAUAUCCUACAAUUGUUGAGAAAGCUAUUACAAUUCUACUUCCGUUUGUGACGACUUACCGAUGCGAGACUGGUUUUUCAGCUUACGCUUACACCAAAAACAAGUACAGAAAUAGACUUGAUGCAUCUCCAGAUAUCCGCAUUCAAUUAUCAGAUAUAAAGCCUAAUUUUACUGGUAAUACAGCCCUUCGUGGUAAUGAAGGUAAAUCAACUUCUACAAGUAUGAAUGAAGACAAUUUUAUCCCAUCAGUACGACUCAUGGCUGAAUUUGAUCCAAUACUACAUCACUUACUUUACACUGAAAAAACACGAGUGAAAUAUCUAAGUUGGAAAAUUCAAAAUGACUAUCAACAAACUUAA